CAAAGGGCGGCCCCGGGGAUGCGGGGACUGCGGUAGAGCAGGACCUGACCGCCUCUCAGUCUCGCCCGGCCGCCGCGGAGGCUAACGCGGCCGGCGCCAGGACCACCUCCCGGAGCCUCCGCGACCCCUGACAAACCCUCCCAGUCACCGGUAACCCCUGCCAACCGCGUCCAGCCCCCGGGGCGCCCAGGGCGAGCCAUGAAGUCUGCGGGCGCCCGCGGGGGCGGGUCAGGCGGCCGCAGGGGCGGCGGCUGGGGCGGAGGACGCGGAGGCGGCGGAGGGGGCAAGGGCGGCGGCGGCGACGGCGGCGGUCCUGGGGGCAAGGGUGGCUUCGGGGCGCGGGCGCGCGGCUUCGGCGGCCGGGGCCGGGGGCGCGGCGGCGGGGACGGCAGGGAUCGCGGCGGCGGCGGCGGCGGGCAGCGCGGGCGCGGCGGCGUGGCCAAGAGCAAGAGCCGCCGUAGGAAGGGCGCCACGGCUGUGUCGGUGGAGCCGCACCGGCACGAGGGCGUCUUCAUCUACCGUGGGGCAGAGGACGCGCUGGUCACGCUGAACAUGGUGCCGGGCCACUCGGUGUACGGCGAGCGGCGGGUCACAGUGACCGAGGGCGGCGUGAAGCAGGAGUACCGCACGUGGAACCCCUUCCGCUCCAAGUUGGCUGCGGCCAUUCUGGGCGGGGUCGACCAGAUCCACAUCAAGCCCAAGUCAAGAGUGCUGUACCUGGGCGCCGCCUCGGGGACCACGGUCUCCCACGUCUCCGACAUCAUUGGCCCCGAAGGCCUGGUCUACGCGGUUGAGUUCUCCCACCGUGCCGGCCGCGAUCUGGUUAAUGUGGCCAAGAAACGAACCAACAUCAUCCCCGUCCUGGAAGAUGCUCGGCACCCGCUCAAGUACCGCAUGCUCAUAGGGAUGGUGGACGUGAUCUUCGCCGACGUGGCGCAGCCGGACCAGUCCCGCAUUGUGGCUCUGAACGCCCACACCUUCCUGCGCAAUGGGGGCCACUUCCUCAUUUCCAUCAAGGCCAACUGCAUCGACUCCACUGCGUCUGCCGAGGCAGUGUUUGCCUCUGAGGUGAAGAAGUUGCAGCAGGAGAACUUAAAACCUCAAGAGCAGCUGACCUUAGAGCCCUAUGAGAGAGACCACGCUGUGGUCGUCGGUGUCUACCGGCCCCUUCCCAAGAGCGGCUGCAAGUAGCUUCCAGCCCUGGCUGCCCCUGCGAUCGCCCCAAGACUCUCUUGUGUUCUUAUGUAUGUGUUUUCUUUGUGCGUUGUUCUUUCUUUUAUAUUUCUAUUAAAUGGCAUACAGAAACAGUACCC